UUGAAUGUAUUAAAUUCUUUCAGUGAGGUUAUAUAAAAUUGAGCACGUGUAAAAUAAUUAUUUAUAUUCAUAUCACCUGGCAAUCCACCCACAUGAAUCAUCCCUAUUGCUGAGCAUCCGUUAGAAUUUUUGAAGAUCUUACGAAAUCUCUGCAUUUUGUGACGCGUGCGCUGCGCCAAGCAACCGACCCUUCACUCUGCCAGCAAACAGCUGACUGGAAUGACAGUGGUGGUGGAGUUUAAAGGCUUUCGGGAAGGCGGCGCUCAUGAUCAGCUGCGCUGAGCUGCGCUGCUCUGGAUCAGCCGUCCAAGUCGUGAAACACGAAAGACGACCGUCUUUCAAUCUAAGGGCAAAGAGUUUGGGAAGGCUGCUUCACCACGUUCUCUACACCCAACAGGCAUGAGGCACUGUCAAAGACCAAGGAACCUUAUUACAGUACAACACGCACACUACCAAAACCACCCACAUUCUGGACUUCAGUUCCCAUGGCAACUGUGACUUACCGGAUGGCACGGAGAGGAUGGCAGGGAGUUGCAAGAGCCCUCACUCUCUGCAAGUCCUCUAAAACUUUGCAAAUUGGAGGAGUAGGGGCAGCAGUUUUAUCUACAGGCUAUAUGUUACUUGAUCUAGAGGAGAAGAGAGCGCUCAGAUCACUGAUUGGAAGUUCUAUUAGGUUCGCACGCUCGUUGAGCAUUGGUUUGAUCAUAUCUGCAGACUAUUUGCUGGCUCCCACAGUAGGAGAUGAGGAUAAAUUGAUCCACAAAAGAUCAGCUCAGCGUAUAUUUGAGGGCUGCCUUCUUAAUGGAGGAUUGUAUAUUAAGCUUGGACAAGGACUAGCAGCCCUCAAUCACAUUCUUCCUAGAGAGUACGUUGAGACACUGACACUCUUACAGGACAAAUGUUUGACAAGAGAGCCUGAUGAAGUUGACUCUGUUUUUCUGGAGGAGUUUGGAUCAAAGCCCAAGGAUGUGUUUAAGGAGUUUAAUGAAGAACCAAUUGCAGCUGCCAGCCUGGCACAAGUCUUCAAGGGAAUCACUCAUGAUGGUGAGCCAGUUGCUAUUAAAGUACAGUACAUCGAUUUACAGGAUCGAUUCAAGUCUGACAUAAAAACCAUUGAGUUUCUGUUGAAGAUUGUAUCUGUAAUUCAUCCAAAGUUUGACUUUCACUGGGUCUUGCAGGAACUUAAAGAUACUCUAGCCCAAGAACUUGACUUCAUUUUGGAGGGAAAAAAUUCAGAAAGGUGUGCAAAUGAUCUGAAAUCGCACAAGGAAGUACAUGUACCUAAGGUUUACUGGAAUUGCAGUACAAAAAGAAUAUUAACAACCGAAUGGAUAGAUGGCUGCAAAAUAAAUGAUACAGCAUGUUUGAAAGAGCAGGGAUUGGACCUUUCUGACGUGGACAGAAAACUUUUUUCUGUUAUGGCGGAACAAAUAUUCCACACCGGAUUCAUACAUGCCGAUCCUCAUCCUGGCAAUAUUCUAGUGAGAAGAGGUAGCGAUGGCAAAGCCCAAUUAGUUCUACUGGAUCAUGGUCUCUACGAAAUAUUGCCAGAAAAAGUGAGGCAUACUUUAUGCAAUUUUUGGGAGUCUAUAGUGUUGAGAAAAUAUAAUAAGAUGAAAAAAUAUGCUCAAGAAUUGAAUGUGGAUGAUCAUAUAUUACUGGCAGAAAUGAUAACUCAGGCACCAAUGUUUGUGCCAGGAAUUACUAGUAUGCCAUCAGGCAUGACAUUAGAUAGCUACAUGCAACAGCAAGCUAAAGAAAGAUUUGAUAAAGUCGUGAUUGCAUUGAGGGCAAUGCCUAGUAACCUGAUGCUUGUUAUAAGAAAUUUGAAUACUAUAAGGGCAAUCGCGCGUGAACAUGGCGAUCCAAUAAAUAGAUACAGAGCUUUAGCCAGGCUGGCUGUGUCUGGCAAACAUAGAACGAAUAAUCGAACAUUAUGGAAAAAACUUGCGGGAACUACGAGUUACGUUUGGUUUGAAACCCGCUUGUGGACUCAAAGCAUCAGACUAUGGUUCAUCAAUAUCUACAUCAAGAUUCUACAGGUUGUGGGGUACGAUGUUCAGAAAGCGAUCAAUCAAGCAACUUACUAAAGAAUAUGAGGAGCAUAGAAGUUUCAGUAGAAUAUCGAAGUAGGGGAAUUGGGGGAAUUUUUCAAGCCUCAAAUUCAUAGCAAGGACCUGGACUAUUGGACUAUCAGGAGAUAAUGGUUGAUAAUUUGUUGUGAAAUAAGCGUCGUUAGCGUUUUUGAUACGCUUAUUCGCACUGCCAAUACUUGUUGAAAUACGUAUGAAGGAAUCGAACUAGAAAUUAUUCAAAACUUUCAGAGAUCAGCUGCAUGAGAACGUGUGACUUCGAGAUGAAUUUAUUGGCUAGCAAAUACAGACGUGUACAUUACCUAAUAAACGAAAAUCAUUCCGUGAUUUUAAAUUAAUCCAU